ACGCGGAAUUGCGGAUUUUAUGAAAAUCCACCAACCCCUCACUAGGAGCAGCCACCUUUCUCUCUCCUUCCUCUUCACCUAAACAGUAAUCCGGAGUCUCCUCUAAAUCUUCAAUUCCAAUGGACUCAACCAGUCUCUCAUUAUCAGGUAUUGAAACGAAUAGCGGAGGAGGAAUGGGAACAAAUUCAACACUAGUAUGUGCUCCAAUAAUGGGGAGAACAAUUGAGCAGAUGUUUAUUGAUAUGGCGAAAGCUAAAGAAAUUGGAGUCGAUAUUGUUGAGAUUCGAUUAGAUUACUUAUCAAUUCUCCAUCCUCGUAAAGAUCUUCAAAACCUAAUCCAAAAUUGUACUAUGUUAACUCUUUUCACAUACAGACCCAAAUGGGAAGGUGGUGAGUUUGAAGGUCAUGAUAGCAUUCGGCUGGAGGUACUUAAAUACGCCAUGGAACUGGGGGCCGACUAUAUUGAUGUUGAGCUUCAGGUUGCGCAUGAGUUUAUUAGUUCGUUAGAUGAGAAGACGCGUGGAAAGUCUAAAAUUAUUGUUUCUUCUCAUAACUAUCAUGCCACUCCUUCAGUUGAGGAAAUAGGCGAUCUUGUGGCCAGAAUACAAUCUACUGGUGCUGACAUAGUGAAGAUUGCAACAACUGCCGUGGAUGUCACAGAUGUUGCCCGCAUGUUUCAAAUAAUAGUCCAUUCCCAAGUAAGCCAUGUUCCAUUUAUUGGAUUGGUAAUGACUGAAAAGGGUUUGAUCUCACGGUUACUUUGUCCUAAAUAUGGUGGAUAUCUCACUUUUGGUACUCUUGAAGAGGGAGUAGUAUCAGCUCCCGGGCAACCAACAAUCAAGGAUUUGUUGGAUAAAUACAACCUCAGACACAUAGGUCCUGAUACAAAAGUAUUUGGAAUUAUUGGGAAGCCUGUCGGUCACAGCAAGAGUCCUCUUUUGUUUAACAAAGCCUUUAAGUCUGUUGGUUUUAAUGGAGUUUAUGUGCCCUUUUUGGUGGAUGACCUUGCAAAGUUUUUGGCUACAUAUGCAUCUGCUGAUUUUGCUGGAUUCAGUUGCACGAUUCCUCACAAAGAAGCUGCACUUAAAUGCUGUGAUGAGGUUGAUCCAAUUGCCAAGUUAAUAGGUGCUGUUAAUACCAUUGUUAGGAGACCAAGUGAUGGGAAGUUAAUUGGUUACAACACAGACUAUAUUGGUGCCAUUUCUGCCAUAGAAGAAGGGCUGAGAGGUUCAAAUAAAAUUUACCAGGGGAGUGGUUCACCCUUAGCUGGUAAAUUGUUUGUAGUCAUUGGAGCGGGUGGUGCAGGUAAGGCUCUUGCUUAUGGUGCAAAGGAAAAGGGAGCAAGAGUUGUGAUAGCCAACCGUACCUAUGAACGCGCCAAAGAACUAGCAGAUUUGGUUGGAGGCGAUGCAGUUACUCUUGCUCAAUUGGAAAACUUUCGCCCAGAGGAUGGAAUGAUUCUUGCAAAUACGACAUCUAUAGGGAUGCAGCCAAAAAUUGAAGAAACACCCAUACCAAAGCAUGCCCUAAGUGCUUAUGCACUGGUAUUUGAUGCUGUUUACACUCCAAAAAUGACAAGACUCUUGGUGGAAGCAGAAGAAUCAGGAGCUACAGUUGUUACUGGGGUAGAGAUGUUCAUCGGGCAGGCAUACGAACAGUAUGAAAGGUUCACUGGAUUGCCAGCACCUAAGGAACUCUUCAGGGAAACCAUGUCUAAACUGUAAUUAGUAAGGUGAUCUGUUCAUACUAUGAUUGUUCUCGAGUUCCAAUGGAAUUGAAAAUUAAGGUAUUUAUUAAGCCCCUUACUUUUUUCCCGAAAUCUUGUCUGCCUUUUGCUCGGUGGGUCUGUGUUGUUGGAAAGGAACGCCAUUCCGAUUGCUUAGAAACAAGGGAUAACAUCAAUGUGUUGUUACUUAGUUGGUCCAUCAAUCUUGUUUCAUUUCAGAACAUCCAACUUCAUGAUUUUGUAUUUGAUUGGGCGAAUUUGUUUAGAGAGCAAGUUUGUUGUAAGCUUUUGUUUUUGUAAUAUCUAUCAAGUUCUGGAAGCUUUAUUGUUUGACCGGGAAAAUUUGUCAGAAGCUUUUGUAGCAGAGUCAGAGAUGUAAUAUCUAAUAAGUUUCUGUAUUUUGAUUCUUGAAUUGCUAAAUGUCAUGGGCAUUGAAUGAGUUCAGGUUGUAAAAUGAAUGAAGUAAAAAUUCUUCCCAUUGGGUAUGUACUGAUAGACUUCUCUGUCUCUGCAUUUAAGGGGGUGGUUCGCUUGUGGUUUGAA